CCACAUGGAGCGUCCCCAGCGCGACAGCAUGCCCCAGGACCUGUCAGAGGCCCUCAAGGAGGCCACCAAGGAGGUACACACCCAAGCAGAGAAUGUCAAGUUUAUGAGGAACUUUCAGAAGGGCCAGGUGACCCGGGAGGAUUUUAAGAUGAUCAUGGCCUCCCUGUACCACAUCUACACGGCCCUGGAGGAGGAGAUUGAGCGCAACAAGGAGAAUCCAGUGUACUCCCCUCUCUACUUCCCAGAGGAGCUGCACCGCCAGGCCGCCCUGCAGCAGGACAUGGUCUUCUGGUACGGACCCGAGUGGCGGGAGGCCAUUCCCUUCACAGCUGCCACCCGGAGUUACGUGCAACGCCUCCACGAGGUGGGGCGCCAGGAGCCCGAGCUGCUGGUGGCCCACACCUACACACGCUACCUGGGCGACCUGUCGGGGGGCCAGGUCCUCAAGAAGAUUGCUCAGAAGGCCCUAGACCUGCCCAGCUCCGGUGAGGGCCUGUCCUUCUUCACCUUCCCCAACAUCGACAGCGCCACCAAGUUCAAGCAGCUCUACCGUGCCCGGAUGAACGUGCUGGAGAUGAGCCCUGAGGUCAAGCAAAGGGUUGUGGAAGAGGCCAAGACUGCCUUCCUGCUCAACAUCCAGCUGUUUGAGGAGCUGCAGGAGCUGCUGGCCCAGGACUCAGAGAACCAGGGCCCCCCCACUGCACCAGGGCUUCGCCAGCGGCAGGGAAGCCAGGAGCAAGCGCCCAUUCCCACUGAAACGUCCAGAGGGAAGCCCCAGUUGAACAUCCUCUCCCGGGCUCCCCUCAUCCGAUGGGUCCUGACACUCAGCUUUCUUGUGGCCACGGUGGCCGUCGGACUAUAUGCCAUGUGA